AUGGAGGAGAGCAAGAAGCCCAGCCAGAUAGACUGCCUGGACUUUGACAAAGCCUACAAGAAUGCUUCCUUGGCUCAGACUGUCAAUGGACUGCAGCUCUGCAUGAAAAAUGGGCUUUUUAAGGACUUCUACAAAGAAGUGUGUCGGUCUCUGUCCGAUACCCAGAUGGACGAAUUUGGGGAGUUGAACACUGAUGCUGAUCGGGUGAAGUAUGUGUGGCGCUUGGUGCAGGAUAUCAAGGUCGAGCCAUCCUUCAAGAGCAAGGACCUUGAGGAGGCAGAGAAGUGGAGAUUGCAGGGAAACAAGGCCUAUCAAGGGAAGGACUUUGCGAAAGCCCUCCAUCUCUAUUCAAAGAGCCUCAUCCAUGCUCCUCCUGAUUCAGAAUGUUAUGCCUUGUCCCUGGGAAACAGAUCUGCUGUACUCUUCCAGUUAGAACGAUGGACUCACUGCCUAUCAGAUAUUUACCAUGCACUUCAAGUCAAUUUCCCCAAAAGACUUCACUACAAACUGCAGGAGAGAUGUGGCUCUAGCUAUGUUAAACUUGGAAGAAAGAAGAAAGCUAUUGCUGCCUUCAAACUUGCACUCAAGGCCCUGGAUGAUAGUGAUUUAGAGAAGAAUGCACGAAAUGACUGGGAAAAGGGCAUCCGAGAGAAGCUCAUCUUUUGCACCUCUACCAGGCUUCAAGCAGCUGAAGGUGAAUUGAAGAAAUUGGAAGUUCCAGAUGUGAGUGGUAAGAGGCAUGAGAGGUAUCCAUCAGCAUCACAGAACCUUGAUUUUGUGCUAGAGCCUGAGCAAGGCCGGCAUGCAGUGGCAGCAAAAACCAUAAAAAUUGGAGAAAUCAUUCUUGUUGAAGCACCACAUGCCUCCAUCCUCUCAUCUGACAAGAGAGAACAAUUUUGUCAAGUCUGCCUUCGAAGAUUCCUGGCACCAGUGCCUUGUCCCACCUGCUGCAGUGCAGCGUUUUGUUCCAUGAAAUGCCGAGAUGCAGCCCUCUCCUCCUUCCAUAAAUAUGAAUGCCCCAUCCAUGAUCUCCUAUUUGACUCAGGAAUAAGUGACCCUUGGUACCUGGCUCUUCGGAUCCUCACCAAGGCCGGACUAAAGUACUUCACUGAUGAUAUCUUACCCAAAAUCAAAGGUCAGCGGGAUAAGCCAGAUGAGAGCGCACUCUGGUCGGAUCCCAAGACGAGGGUCUACGACCCGAGAGACUACAUGAGUGUGUACAACCUUGUCUCUCAUGCCACAAGGAGAUCCAUACAUGAUUUCUUCUGCAAGACAGUCAUGUCUCUCUUCCUCCUCAAGUGCCUCCAGCAUUCCUCAUUCUUCUCACGGCAUGAGGAGGGAGAGAGGUGCAACAGAGCAGAACUAAGUUCUGAUGAGGUUCUGGUAGGAACUCUGUUGCUGAGAAAUCUGCAGGUAGUGCAGUUCAAUGCUCAUGAAGUAAUAGAGUACAAUGUGAAGGGAGAGGGACAGUAUGAAGGAGAAGGCUUUGCAGUUGGCACUGCGCUCUAUCCGACCGUGUGCCUCUUCAAUCAUUCAUGUGAACCCUUUCUUGCCAGAUAUUUUGUGGGAGAUGAGAUCGUGUUGAGGAGUCUGAAGAAUGUCAAGGUGGGCGAGGGUGUGUAUGACAACUAUGGGCCUGUGUUCUUUGAGAAGGGAAGAACGGAAAGGCAGGAGAUGAUAUGGUCAAGCCACUGGUUCAAUUGUGAGUGCCGACCAUGUGUGGAGCACUGGCCCACGUUCUCUGAAAUGGACACCUCUGAUGUCUGCCUCCAGUGCUCAAAGUGCCAUGCCGUCCUCAUGGACAAGAUGAACUCGGGGAAGAUCUGGGUGAAGUGCGAUAAGUGCGGGAAAAAGAUGAAGAGGCUUCAGGUGAUCGACACGCUGGACGAGACGUACAAGACGAUCAGACGCGCCCAGGGCCUCAUGGCCCUGCAGAAAGUGGACGAAGCCUUGGAACUCUUCAUCGGCGUCAUGACCACCCUGCAGACGUGCGUCGCCCCGCCCGACUGCUCCCUGCACGCCUGUCUGCAGUUCAUCCGUCAGUGCAUGCUCGGCUCGGGCAGCGUCCACGUCAACGGGUCGCUCCCCAGCGCGUGA